AUGAGUAAAGAAUCAAAGAUGACCGCGGAAGUGUACAACGCAGUGUUACUUACAGCAGGAGCAGUUGGUAUAUCAAUGGCAUCGAAGAAACUAUUAAAAGAACCAUUAGGCACCCCAGAGAACGUAAAAGGAAUGGUAAAGCUGGCUGUCUCAGUUAGCCUCUCAUCUCUACUAGUCUCUUACCUGAAAGAAAAGAAGUAUAUACCAGAUGAUCCAUUUAAAACCUAGGUAAGACUAUACAAUGGCGGGAGCAGUAGCAGGAGGACUAUUUAACGCAUUCGCAUUUGCCGGAGCAGGAUACCUAUUUAAAAUGUUUGACAAGAACGGAUACGCCGAGGAAGCCCACAGACACAAUAUUGCAAUGGAGAACCUAACAGCUGAAAGAGAGAAGUACCUUGAAGAAGUCACCGAUAGAAGAAACAGACUUGCGCAACUUAAGGCCGAACUAGCUGAGGCGAAUAGGGAUAUUAAUUCAAUAAAUAAGGCAUUGGAACUCAUCAGGAGAAUCAACGAGCUAACACAUAGAGCUAUGCCAAAAAAGCCGCAACUAAGUAACCACUACAAACCUAGCUCAGAAAUGGAAGAAUAUAUGGCAAUAUUUGGUUUAAUUAUGGGUGGGGUGGUUGGAGGGGCAGCUUAUUUAUUAAUUUAA